CACACUAGUCGCGAUGUAAACAAAAAUUCGCAAAAACACCGUGUUAUUUAUAUUUGCGGUUUGUAAUUAUAAAAUAAUAUUUUUUACACCCUAAAAUACGUGGAAACAUUUAUUUCUAAAAGAAAAAAAAAACAUUUUACUUUAAAGAAGUUGAUAUUUUUUAUUAGUGACAAUUCUAACCUCAAAUAAUGGACUCGAAAUUCAAAAAUUCACAACAAUCAAAAAUGAAAAUGGAAGAACAUGGAGUUAUUAAUAAUCUUGAGGAACCUUGGAGUUUGAAAAAAUUUAAAGAAAAAUUCGCAAUAAAAAUAGUGAAAGAAUCGGAUAAUAAAAUGGAAUUAGAAUUCGAUUUAAUUGAAUGUCAAACAUCUUUGGCAAAUGCAAUUCGAAGAAUUCUUAUAAGCGAAGUUCCAUCAAUGGCAAUUGAGAGGGUUUUUAUAAAAAAUUACAAUAGUAUAAUGCAAGAGGAAGUAUUUGCACAUAGACUAGGUCUUGUACCACUUCUAGCUGAUCCUCGAUUAUUCGAAUAUCCAUCUAAUGAAAAAAAUCAAGAUGACUAUUUCAGUGCUCAAGAAAAUUUAAGAUUCGAAUUAAAAGCCACGUGUACAUACAAUAAACAUGCUUCGAAAGAAUCUAGAAGACUCGAUGAAAUGUACAUUAAUCACAAGGUUUACAGUAAAGAUAUAAAAUGGAUUCCAAUUGAUGGACAAUUGGAAAUAUUUCGAGGAGGAGAUGAACAAGUUGGAGUUAUUCAUAAAGAUAUUUUGCUUAAUGAAUUAAAUCCUGGUCAAGAGUUGCAUAUUUUUAUGCAUGCUGUCAAAGGCAUUGGAAAGGAUCACGCUAAAUUUUCUCCUGUUUCAACUGCAUUUUAUAGACUAUUGCCAAAAAUCACAAUUUUGAGACCCGUUAAAGGUGAAAUGGCAGAAAAAUUAAAAAAUUGCUUUAGUCCAGGUGUAAUUGAAAUAGCGAAAAAUAAAUCAGGUGAAAAAGAAGCUAAAGUAGCAAAUUCUCGUUAUGAUAGUUGUUCUCGUAAUGUUGAACGACAUGAAGAUUUAAAGGAUUCUGUUCUAUUGGAACGUGAACCGAAUCAUUUUAUUUUCACUAUCGAAUCUGUUGGAGCUCUUUCAUCGUCUAUUUUAUUUAUUGAAGCUGUUAAAAUUCUUAAAGAAAAAUGCAGGACAUUUAUCGACGAACUAAACGCUAUUAAUUAAGUAUUACUUUUUUUUAAAAAUAUUUUGACAAAAAAAUAAUUUCCAAAAAGUUUAUUCAGUAUUUUUUAAAUAUUUUUUUUUUAUUACUUUAAGAUUAUAAAAAACAAAAGUUAUGUUUCUUUUUUUUAACAUAUUUAAACAUUUAUCUUUAAUAUUUUAUUUAAUCUGUGCAAUUUUAAAAAUAAUAACAGUAUUAAAUAAUUAAAAA